AUGGCGAAGUCUAAAGCUGCGAAGCGUAAGCGCAAUGCACAAGUCGGCCUUCCACAAAAAUUGCCCAAACCUGACUCCACCCUGACCCCUCCUCCUGAUGGCGCAACCCUCGAGCCCAAACACCUUAAAACAGUCGUCUCAGACGAGGAUCUCGAUAUCACCGUCGAGACGCUCACGGCCCUCGCAGAAUACCCUAGCCUGACCAAGUCAAAGGCUUGCAAAGAUCUUCGAGUUGCUGUCUAUGACUUUCGUCAGGCUUGCACUACCGGUCUUAAUACGGCUGAGGGUGCAAACCUCACAGCACGUAUAACCGGUGCCCUGGCCGACGAGAAAUACAUGGAGGCCAAAAUUUUGCUUGCCGAAAUGAGAAUCAGGGGUGAACAGCCUAAGAUCGGAGCCUUGUGUCGCUGGGUAAGAGAUCUGGACGUUGUCAGCGGGCUCUCAACACAGCCGAAAGCAUGCGAUUAUAAUCCCCCUAGUCGUAGCGCAAGAGACAUGGAACUACUUGGCGUUCUUGAUGCCAUACUGCGCGUCAGCACACCGAUCGACACCAGCUCGAACGCCUCCAGCUCACCCUCCCCGAUUGCCUUUCACUCUAUUUGGGACCUCCGACCGUCGACCGCACCACUACAGGUCUACGCCUCGGUUCUCGACAAAUCUAUCCUGGACGAGGCCCCGAAAUCUCCCACCGCCCUCCGCGUCAUCGAACAUACCCCCGGUGCACUUCGCAAACCUCCGAACCACCAUCCCGCAAUCCUCUAUACAACAGAACCUAAUGCUGUCCCGUUGGCUCCCGUGGGUCCCUCUAUAACAUACCACCCGCAUCCUGCUGUUCCUGGCCUCGGCCUGGCUAUGGACGUCCUCUCCCCCACGGAGUGUAAGGCGAUCAUUGCAGCUGGGGAGUCUGUCAAUUUCCUACCCGAUGCGCCUUUGCGCGAAGACGGCGACGUGAGCAUCUUGGCUCACAACUUCUACUGGAUUAUCGACACUACUUUCCAUGACAUGCUUUGGGACCGCAUCUCCCCUUAUGUGCCGCCCUCGAUUAACGGCCGCUUAGUACGAGGCAUCAAUCGACGCUUCCGGGUAUACAGAUAUGUCCCCGGUGCCGAGUACCGGUGUCAUAUUGACGGAGCUUGGCCACCAUCAGGUAUCCUCCCGGAUGACACAUACGUGUACGACUCGUCGCCCGAAGACCGAAGGCAGAGUUCUAUGUAUACAUUUUUGCUAUAUCUUAACGACGAGUUCGAAGGCGGAGAGACCACCUUCUUCAUGCCAGCCGCGCGUGAGGGAACACUCAACGCGUACCCCGUACGACCUGUGAUGGGAUCCGUUGCCAUAUUCCCGCACGGCGAGGCAAACGGGGCCUUAUUACAUGAAGGGACGGGGGUAAGGAAGGGUGCUAAGUACAUUAUUAGGACAGACGUAGAGUACGAUGUUAAGCCUUCCGAGGAGGGACAAUAA